CCUCAUCAGUGAUGAAACAAAGGCUGAUCCUCCUCAUUCUGUUUUCAGGCUUUCUCUCAGUCAUUCUGUUCGACUCUCGUAGACUCACUGAGUUUGUUCUGAUCCGAGAGUAUAAAACAUGGGACGAGGCUCAAAACUUCUGUCGAAAGAACUACAUUGACUUGGCCACAGUCCAGACUGAUGAAGAGUGGAGCGAGUUAAAUACGUUAAGAGCUAAUUAUCUGUCUGACACCUGGAUUGGACUCUAUGAUGAUGUGAACAGCUGGCGCUGGUCUUUUCGAGAUGAACGCCUCACAUACGCGAGAUGGGAUGAGUAUCAGCCGGAUAAUUAUGGAGGAGACCAAGACUGUGUAUUAAUUCAUUCAAAUGGAUACUGGCGCGACAAAGGCUGCGAUUUUAAAUGUGUCGUUGUUUGUCAAAGUGAUCAAGGGCCAGUACUAAAUACUGAUCCAAAGAUGUCCUGGAAACAAGCUCAGCGUUUCUGUAGAGAACACUUUACAGACUUAUACACGGUCAAGAACAAGAGUGAGAAUCAGCUGCUAAGGACAAUGACCCAUGAUGAUCAGAGCUGUAUCUGGAUCGGUCUGUUCAGAGACUCCUGGACAUGGACAGAUCAGACCAUCACAAGCUCUUCUCUGCAAUGGGCUCAAAGACAACCGGAUAAUUAUUUUGGGAGUGAAAUCUGCGCUGCUGUUGAUGAGGAUGGCCUGAUAACUGAUGAGCUCUGCUCAGAGAAGUUUUUCUUCUUUUGCAAAAGUCCAUUACAAGUAAGACAGCAGAUACUGAGACUGAAGGUGGACGCAGGUGAUGGUGUCACCGGUCCAGUGACUGCAGACGCUGUGUUGAAGGAGGUCCAGCAGAAACUGCAAGAGCAGGGAAUGGCAGCAGAUGUGAAGUUCUCAUGGCAGGAGCAGCCGAACGGACUGGUGCUCCAAAAAAUGUUUUUGUCCGUUAUUCUGUGUGGCUCACGUGAGUAUAUUCUGAUCGAAGAGUAUAAAACAUGGGACGAGGCUCAAGAUUACUGUCGACAGAACUACAUUGACCUGGCCACUGUCCAGACCGAUGAAGAGUGGAGCGAACUGACCAGGUUGAUAGAGAAACUACCGUUUUACAUCUGGAUUGGACUGUAUGACGAUGUGAACAGCUGGCGCUGGUCUUAUCAAGAUGAAAGCGUGACUUUCUUACAAUGGGAUUCUGAACAGCCGAACAAUUUGAAUGGAAAACAAUACUGUGUAAAUCUGAGGACAAAUGGAAACUGGUUUGAUGAAGAAUGCAAUUUGACGUGUACAGUUGUUUGUCAAAGUGGUGAAGGACAGCCGGUACUAGUCACUAAUCCAGAGAUGUCCUGGAAUAAAGCUCAGCAUUACUGCAGAGAAAACUACACAGACUUGUUCUCCAUCAGGAACAUGGAAGUGAAUCAGCAGCUAACCGUGAUGAUUCAACAGUACAUGUGCGCCUGGAUCGGUCUGUUCAGAGACUCGUGGAUGUGGUCCGAUCAGACCAGCACAAGCUCUUCUCUGAGAUGGGCUGAAGGACAGCCGGACAACUCGCUCGGUCAAGACUCGUGUGCUGCUUUAGAUUACCAUAUUCAGAUUACUGAUGAAAGCUGCUCAAGACUCCAUUACUUCUUAUGCCAGACAAUCCGGGUGAAGCAUCAGAUAUUGAGACUGAAGGUGAAAGCAGGAGAUAAUGUCAAUGAUCCAGCCGUUAGAAACGCUGUGCUGAAUAAGGUCCAGCAGAAACUGCGAGAGCAGGGAAUGGCAGCGGAUGUGAAGCUAUCGUGGCGUCAGCAGCCGAACGGACUGGUGUUUCAAUAA